CCACAGGCCGACACUCUAUCUACUGAGCCAAACCAGCCAGGACUGAACUAGCUUUCUUAAUAUUACAGGCAAGAGGUGGGAAGUGGGCCGGGUAGACAUUCUGUAGGGAUAGGAGUUCCCUGGACUUAGAACCCUUCAGAGGCCUGCAGAGGCGGAAAAGGGGUGGCUAUUUAUAAUCACACCCCGGCAAGAGCAAAGGUGUGCCCCUGGCAUUUGUGGGUGCUGGGGUUAAGGAGCACAUGGCUGAUUUUGGUGGUAGUAGAAGCUCCGGGUGGAAAGGCUGAAUUAGGAAUUAGAUCAGAGUUUGGAAGGCUGGAAUGUUAAGGAGAAGGGCUUUCCCCUUUUAUUCUCUAGGCAGUAGGGAGCCAUGGAAAAAUGUCGACAUAAAGGGGUGUGCUAGGAAGAUGAAUCUGCAGAAUGGGUAGGAAACAGGAAAGAUUGGAAGUGGAUCAUUCCAGAAUUGAUUGGCCACACCCUUGUCACGUUAUUAAUGCUCGUUUCAUUGCACUGGUUCAUCUUCCUUCUCAACUUGCCUGUUGCCACUUGGAAUAUUUAUCGGUUCAUUAUGGUGCCAAGUGGUAACAUGGGAGUGUUUGACCCAACAGAAAUCCACAAUCGAGGGCAGCUGAAGUCACACAUGAAAGAAGCCAUGAUCAAGCUUGGUUUCCACCUGCUCUGUUUCUUCAUGUAUCUUUACAGUAUGAUCUUAGCGUUGAUAAAUGACUGAAGCUGGAGCAGCCGUGGUGGGAGUCAGCUACACUACGUACAGUGCACAGUCGAGGAGCCAGAGAUGCUUCCAUCAUCCUUAGGACCGUAACCAUAGCAGUAUAUUUUUUCCUCUUUGAACAAAAAAAUAUUUUUGCUGUAUUUUUACCAUAUAAAGUAUUUAAAAAACAUGAA